CCACUUGAUAAAUGGAGGCGUAAAGGUAACAUGACUGUGACUGUGUGAGAGAAGAAGAGAAAGGAAGGAUCGAGUUUCUCAACGUGUAAACACUGGACUUAGCUGAAACUGAGCAAGGAAUAGCAAGACCUCACUUUUGUCAAUCUUGUCAUUGUAAAGACUCUCUUUAGAGAUAGUUAAAAUGGCAGCUAGUAGCGCCGGAGGAAAAAAUUUCAAGGUGGUUUUGCUUGGAGAAGGCUGUGUCGGAAAAACGUCGCUGGUGUUGCGAUACGUAGAAAACAAAUUCAAUGAUAAACACAUUACAACAUUGCAAGCAUCAUUUCUCAACAAAAAGCUGAAUAUAGGAGGAAAACGAGUCAACCUUGAUAUAUGGGACACGGCAGGUCAAGAGAGGUUUCAUGCAUUAGGACCUAUCUACUACAGAGACAGCAACGGGGCAAUACUAGUCUAUGACAUUACAGAUGAGGAUUCCUUCACGAAGGUGAAGAGCUGGGUGAAGGAGUUGAAGAAGAUGCUGGGGAACGACAUCUCAUUAUGUAUAGCAGGAAACAAAAUUGAUCUGGAAAAGCAGAGGAAUGUAUCAGUAGCGGAUGCAGAAGCAUAUGCUGCAUCAGUGGGAGCUAAACACUUUCACACAUCAGCAAAACUCAACAAAGGGAUAGAAGAAAUGUUCCUGGAUCUUAGCAAACGAAUGUUAGAAUCAACGUUCCUUGACGACGGGGCGAGCAGUAGCCGAGCGUCCAAACACAAAAGUGUGACGAUAGUAGAAGAUGCAGAGGAGCCCAAGAGCGGAGGGUGCUGCUAAUACACGUAGCCUGGGGUGGAGACAACAGUAGAGGGAGCAAUUCAUGUUUGUGAAGUGUACUUUGGAGAUGGCAUGACACGAGGUUUUCUUCUUUUGGUGUUCAUGUGCCGCAGAGGGUUGAAAGAUCAGUCGCCUUGAUGGGCUCUUGAGCUUUGUUCAGACUCAAUGCGUUAUUAAAUCUGUCUUUAAAAAAAAGAAAAAAGUAACAAAUAUAAAACAAAUUCCAUGGCAAAAUACAAACUGUUGUACAUGUUUGAUAGGGAAUUGCAAUUAAGAGGGAAAAGGAAAUUAUGAGCAAUGACGGCCUCUAAGCUCUGAUACAUCAUAUGAUACAGUUUGCACAUUUUAAAGCGUACAUGUGUGUCUGAACAAAGCCACGUGGAGAUAAGACACCAAAUUUUUUGGAAAAUCUGUACAUUCUGUGGAAAUCUGAGUACAUUUGCUGGAAGUAUUUGGUAGCAUAAUAUUUAUGCAGAUUGUUCGAUGAAUGCUCUAUUCUUAAGGGAGAAAAA